AUGAAGAUAAUUAUAUAUUUUUGCAUUUGGGCAGCAUCAUGGGCCAUUCCGGUUCCUCAAAUCAAGCCAUUGGAGAGAUAUGCUGUUGACAAAUCUGUGAAUUUAAAUCUUCUAGCAAAAUCAAAAGUGCCAAUACAGAAUGAGUUAAAUGCCAAUUAUUCUACUAAAGAAAUUGGUGUCCCCAUGCAUGAAAAUGAAAUAGGAAGGCAACAGUAUACCAAAGAUGGUUACAAAGGAGAGAGAAAUGGCUCUGAGUGGGCGGAAAUAGAAGAGAAAAGUUUUUCUACACAUUCCAACUUAAUAAAUGAAGAGAGGAAUCCUGAGGAUCAGAAUGGGAGCACAGGAAAAUUGGAAACAUAUGGUCAUGAUGGGAUACAUGGAAAAGAAGACAGCACCUCAGCACAUGGCAUCAGGAGAGAAGUAAGCAUUAUCAACAAUACUGGAGCAGAAAAUGGGAGCAAUACUAAUGGAAAUACUGAUAAGGAUUCAAAAACUGAGGAUGUUGGAGAUGUGAGUCAGAGUGAGGAUUCCACUGUUGUCAAAGAAGAUAAACAUCAAGUAGCUGGAAGCAAUAGCAGUACAGGCCAUGAGGAUGGAAUUAAUGGGAAUUCCUGUAGAAAUGAGUGUGAUACUAGUGAAAUAACACCUCAGAGAGCAAGUGAGGGAAAUAACAAUAACGAAGCGGGAGUAAUGCCAAGGGGAAGUGGAGCUGGCAAUAGAGAAGAUGCUGGCCUGGAUAAUUCUGAUGGGAUUCCUAGUGGGGAUGGAGCAGAUGAGGAUGAAGACAAGGGCUCUGGUGAUGAUGACGGUGAAGGAACUGAAAAUGGAAAAGAGGGCACUGAUAACAACAAGGCCCAGGAGGGUCAAGGUCACAGAAAAGAAGAUGAUGAUGACAACAGUUUAAGGCAAGAUUCAAUUAGUAGUGAAGCUGAUGACCCUGAACACAAAGAAGAUCUGCAUGGCAUGGAUGGAAACGAUGCCUCCAAGAGUGAGGAGGAUUCUGGCGGAAUUCCAGAAGACACUGACAGCCAAAGAAUAGAAGACACCCAAAAACCCAAUCACAAAGAAAACAGUGGUGUGGAAAAUGGAAUCAACAAAGAUUCAGAACCAAGUACAAAUGGGAAGAGCCAAGACAAGGGAAUAGAAACUCAAGAUCUCAGCAAUGGCAACAGGAACAACAUUACCAAAGAAACCGGGAUAGUCAACAAAGAUAAGGAGAGUAAAGGACAACAUAAAAUCAUUGUGGGCAAAGGAAAUAUCAAGAUACAAGAGGAGGUUAACAACAUGCAAGGACCUGGCCAGAAAUUAGAACCUGUAAAUAAGGUUGGACACAGCAAAAUAGGUAGUGAAAGUAAUAGUGAUGGGUAUGAUAGUUAUGAGUUUGAUGAUGAAUCCAUGCAAGGAGAUGAUCCCAAUAGCAGUGUUGAGUCUAAUGGCAAUGACGAUACCAAUUCUGAUAGUGACAAUAACAGCAGUAGCCAAGGAGAUGCUUCUUAUAACUCUGAUGAAUCAAAAGAUAAUGGUAAUGACAGUGGCUCAAAAGGAGAAGAUGACGACAGUGAUAGCACAUCAGAUACUAAUGAUAGUGACAGUAAUGGCAAUGGUAACAAUGGGAGUGAUAAUAAUGGCAAAUCAACCAGCAGCAAUGAUAAAUCAGAUAUCAGUGACAGUAGUGAAAGCAGUGAUAACAGUGACAGCAGUGACAGCAGUGACAGUAGUGACAGCAGUGACAGUAGUGACAGCAGUGACAGUGACAGCAAAUCAGAUAGUAGCGACAGCAGCAACAGUAGUGACAGCAGUGACAGCAGUGACAACAGCAACAGUAGUGACAACAGUGACAGCAGUGACAGCAAAUCAGAUAGUAGUGACAGCAGCAACAGCAGUGACAGCAGUGACAAUAGUGACAGCAGUGACAGCAGUGACAGCAGUGACAGCAGUGACAGCAGUGACAGCAGUGACAGCAGUGACAGCAGUGACAGCAGUGACAGCAGUGACAGCAGUGACAGCAGUGACAGCAGUGACAGCAGUGACAGCAGUGACAGCAGUGACAGCAGUGACAGCAGUGACAGCAGUGACAGCAGUGACAGCAGUGACAGCAGUGACAGCAGUGACAGCAGUGACAGCAGUGACAGCAGUGACAGCAGUGACAGCAGUGACAGCAGUGACAGCAGUGACAGCAGUGACAGCAGUGACAGCAGUGACAGCAGUGACAGCAGUGACAGCAGUGACAGCAGUGACAGCAGUGACAGCAGUGACAGCAGUGACAGCAGUGACAGCAGUGACAGCAGUGACAGCAGUGACAGCAGUGACAGCAGUGACAGCAGUGACAGCAGUGACAGCAGUGACAGCAGUGACAGCAGUGACAGCAGUGACAGCAGUGACAGCAGUGACAGCAGUGACAGCAGUGACAGCAGUGACAGCAGUGACAGCAGUGACAGCAGUGACAGCAGUGACAGCAGUGACAGCAGUGACAGCAGUGACAGCAGUGACAGCAGUGACAGCAGUGACAGCAGUGACAGCAGUGACAGCAGUGACAGCAGUGACAGCAGUGACAGCAGUGACAGCAGUGACAGCAGUGACAGCAGUGACAGCAGUGACAGCAGUGACAGCAGUGACAGCAGUGACAGCAGUGACAGCAGUGACAGCAGUGACAGCAGUGACAGCAGUGACAGCAGUGACAGCAGUGACAGCAGUGACAGCAGUGACAGCAGUGACAGCAGUGACAGCAGUGACAGCAGUGACAGCAGUGACAGCAGUGACAGUAGUGACAGCAGUGACAGCAGUGACAAUAGUGACAGCAGCAAUAGCAACAACAGUGACAGUGACAGCAGCAAUAGCAGUGACAGUGACAGCAACAAAAGCAGCGAUAGUGCAUCUGACAGUAGCGAUGAGAGUGACAGCAAAAGCAAGUCUGGCAAUGGCAACAACGGAAAUGAUAGUGACAGUGAUAGUGACAGUAAAGGCAGUGACAGUAAUCACUCAACCAGUGAUGAUUAG